AUGAAGUCAUUGCGAGCGGAUCCAUUCAGCUACACGCCCCUACCGCUCCCUUCUAGCAUACGCCUGCUUAAAAUAGAGCCAGGAAGCCCGACGGAUAUUGUGAGGUGUUCAAUCCGUUCGGUAGAUCUGAAAAAACCUCCCAGUUUCACGGCACUAUCUUAUUCGUGGAUGGAGGAUAAGCUAUGGAGUGUACGAGGCCGGGAUGCGGUGUUUGAAAAAUUGUCAGGCUUGUUCCUCCGUGCUCAAAUGCGCUGGAAAAUCCCUCAGCUGCUGAAUGCCUCAGAUACCGAUGGCGGUCGAGGCCUUCCAACCACUCAAACUAUCUUCUGCAACGGGAUGUCGGUCAAGGUCCAUGCGUCGCUUUACAGUGCGCUCUUGCAGCUUCGGAAAUGCCGCGUGGAUGAAGAAUACUGGAUCGACGCCAUCUGCAUGAAUCAAGCGGAUGAUCAAGAAAAGACACAGCAAGUACAGAUGAUGGGCCAGAUCUAUAGUGCGGCCCAAUUGGUCCUCGUGUGGCUUGGGCCGUCUCCGACAUACCUCGACCCGGGGUUCGCGCACCUCGAUUGCUUCAUUGACAAUGCCCUCUCCAAAUGGGUUGAUACCGCGAGUGCCAGUGACCCAGUGCCGACCAAGGUCAAAGAUGACGAACUUUUAACUGACCCCGAUUUUUUGGCCUUUCUGGCCUUGAUCCAUCUUGUCUCGCGCCGCUAUUUUCGGAGGACUUGGGUACUCCAAGAGACAGGGCUGGCUCGGAAAGUCACGUUCCUACUCGGCGAGAUUGAAUUUGGUCAAGAGAAGCUCCAGAGAUGCGUUGCUGUCGCCAAUGGCCCGCUUCUCGACCGGCCGAGCGCCCUGCCUUAUUUUCCCUCUGGGCUCAAGGCUGUCAUAUCUCCUUGGAUUGAGCGUGUAGAGAAAUUACCCAUCGCCAACGCCGGGGGUCAUGAGACUUCUAACCGUGGUGGAGACUGGUCUCUGCAUCAAUGGUUGAUGAUGUGUGCGGAGCGCAAGGCAGGAGACUCAAGAGAUAUGGUCUUUGCAGGCCUCUCUCUGAUCAGUCCUGAGUUCUUGCAUAUCCGUCAAGAUCUUCAGCUCUCCGAAUUUGGUCCUCCUCCACCGCUGCCACCUCGACCCUCCAAGCUACUAGAGGAUAAGGUCAAUAAUACCUAUUCUCUAACCCCCCCUCCGCCAGCCACAUUCAUCUUGAAUCAAGUGAGCCAUGACUCGUUGGGGGAGCCUAAUCCGCCGCUUUUACCACCUCGGCCUGGUUCGACUCUAAUAACACAGCCUAGUGAUGCCUCACCGCAGCAGAAACACUCGAUGGAUCAUACCAGGCUAUGGCCUAAGCUGCAGGUCGACUAUACUGCCUCGAUAAGACACGUUGCUCUCAACCUAGCUGCCUGCCUUUUGUCAGGCCAAGAUGCAGAUACUCUCUUAUCCAUAAGCUCUCAGUUCCAGGCUCGUAACGGCUCUCUUGGUAAAUACUGUCCCGAGGCGCCUUCAUGGAUACCCCCUUUGUCGCGAGGUAAACGAAUGUUUUCCCAAAGAAUAGAGAAUAUUGGCGGCCCAACCUCUAGUUUCUCUUCUGCGACCCAGCUUCGGGGUAUUCCUAUCAUCUCUGCAGACGGGUCUGCUUUGUAUCUCGACGGGGUGCGGCUGGGAAGAGUUGAGAAGAGGAUCGAUCCCCCCAACCAUAUCGAUAUUGGUGCGUGCACUUAUGAUGCCAAUUCUGACGGCGCCGACGACCUUUUAAGACUCGUCACAACAAUCAACAGCUUUCCACGCAAUUAUCGCGACACAGAUAUAUCUACACUUGCCGCGGUUGCUGACGUAUGUACUUUGGGCGUCCUAAGGUACGAUCCCAUGGGAUUCCAGAACAUCACGCAAGGCUUUUGCCUCUACAUUCAUGACAAGAUAAGAGAGACGGUAAAGCCCAAAAAGAAAGGAAAGCGAGAACAGAAGGAAACUGAUACAAGGGGACCCAAGAUGGAGACCGAAGUAAUGAAAGAGGUCCGAAUGAACAUAGAGGCAAGACGUGAGGAGGAACUUAAGAAUCAGAAGGAGCAGCUGCCUGGAGCGUACCGCGAUUUAAGGGAGGCAUACCCAGAGAUGCAGUGGCUGGAAGCAAGCACGAAGCUCGGUGAGGAGGAAAAGAGACUGCGCGAUCUCUUCUCUGCCCACUCAGCACUAGGGUCAAUGUUGAGUCCAUGGAGGAUGUUUACCACCGACACUGGAUACAUCGGGCUUGGGCCAACGGAAUUACGCCAGGGCGACGAGGUUGUGCUCAUUAAAGGGGCCAAUGUCCCGUACCUGUUCCGGCAUGCCGACGCUGCACUCAGAUGGCAGAUUGAGGACAUCAAGGUAAACCUAUUCCUCUUGGAGCAACAUAAAAGCUUGGAUGGCUUGGAGAUGGCAAAACAGGACCUCCGGGAUCUGGAGGCCCUGAUCGGGACAAAGGACGGGUAUGUACUUGUCGGGGAGGCAUACGUCGAAGGCAUCAUGGACGGCGAAGUCAUCUCGGAAUAUGUAGACCGUUUUGAACGGAUAACCGUCGUUUGA